AGUCCAGUGGGACGAACAACUGCUGGCCCAUCAACCAGUCCUGCGGCUCAAAAAGACAGUUGCCCCUACAAGCAGACGACUCCCACCCCCAGCAGCAACACCUCAGACAAGUCCAGCUCCAAAGCCUCUGAGGUGGGUGAUGAGGUGGCCGGGGACUUUGUGGUGGGUGAACGUGUCUGGGUGAAUGGAGUCAAACCAGGAGUCAUCGCCUAUCUUGGAGAGACCCAGUUUUCCCCAGGACAGUGGGCUGGAGUGGUGCUGAAUGACCUGGUUGGAAAAAAUGACGGCUCCGUCAAUGGAGUGCGUUACUUCGAGUGCCAGCCUUUGCAGGGCAUCUUCACCAGGCCUUCCAAGCUUACGCGACAACCCAUCGGAGACGGGAGCGAUGAGCAGCAGCAGAACGCACAGCUGCAGGGUGGUGCGGGAGCAUCUGGUCAGCGUGUGGUCAUGCCACUCAGAGAAGGCAUGCUCAACAGCUCCGUCAAAACCGGCAAUGAGUCAGGAUCCAACAUGUCUGACAGUGGAUCUGUGAAGAAAGGGGGAGAGAAGGACCUUAAGGUCGGAGAUCGAGUGCUGGUUGGCGGCACUAAAACAGGAGUAGUGCGUUAUGUUGGAGAGACUGACUUUGCCAAGGGCGAGUGGUGUGGAGUCGAGCUGGACGAGCCGUUAGGGAAAAACGAUGGAGCUGUAGCUGGAACCAGAUAUUUCCAGUGCCCACACAAAUUUGGCCUCUUUGCUCCAAUCCACAAGGUGAUCCGCAUUGGCUUCCCAUCCACCAGUCCAGCUAAAGCUAAGAAGAGCAAGCGUAUGGCGAUGGGUGUGUCGUCUCUGGCUCACAGCCCCUCCAGCUCCUCCAUCAGCUCUGUCAGCUCCGUGGCCUCCAGUGUGGGGGGGCGACCCAGUCGCACUGGCCUGUUGACAGAGACGUCCUCGAGGUACGCGCGGAAGAUCUCGGGGACCACGGCUCUGCAGGAAGCCCUGAAGGAGAAACAGCAGCACAUAGAGCAGCUCCUGGCUGAGAGAGACCUGGAGCGGGCCGAGGUCGCCAAGGCAACCAGCCAUAUCUGCGAGGUGGAAAAAGAGCUGACGGCACUGAAGGCCCGACAUCUGCAGUAUGCAACAGAGGCAGAGAGCAACCUACAGCAAGUCCGAGCCCUGCUGGCAAGCACACAGAAAGACAGAAUGGAACUGACCAAUCAGCUUGAGGAAGAGAGAAGGAAGGUGGAAGAUCUUCAGUUCAGAGUUGAGGAAGAGUCCAUUACCAAAGGAGACCUGGAGACUCAGACCAAACUGGAGCAUGCCCGUAUUCGGCAGCUCGAGCAGUGUCUGCAUUUGGAAAAGUCCAAAGCAGAGCGACUUCAGAAAGAGUUAGAGGAAAAGAUGCAAACUACAGUUGAGGAGAAGAGUCGUGUCAUGCAGCUGGAAGAAGAAUUGGCAUUGCGCAAGGCUGAGGUCAAGGAGCUCCAGGCUCGGCUUCAGAGAGUUUCCUUCGGUCCAGGCACAGACGCUGGAGACAGCGGACCAGACAUAAACUCGGAGACUCUGGUUUUGCGGGAACAGCUUCUCUCUGCAGGCCGUGAACGCCGUGAAGAGAGCAGCCAGUUGCGAGAGAGGUACGAAGCAUGCUUGAGCAGCAGCCAGAAAGAAGUUGAACGCCUUAAAGCCACAACAGAACGUCAGGGCCAAGAGAUCUCCGACCUGAAGCAGAGACUUCAGCAGGCCACUCGUGAAAACAUGGAAAUGAUGGACAGCUGGAAAGCCAAACUUGACGUUUUGGUUGGAGACCAUCAACGUGCUCUAGAGGAACUGAAAGCCUCGCUAACAGGAGAUCGUGGGUCUAGUGAGAACAGCGGAGGAGAGGGUGAAGGAACCACACCUGAGAUGAGAGCAGCUCUGGAGAGCUUAAAGAUGGAGCAGCAGCUGGAGUUAGAGAACCUGAAGGCCAAACAUGAGAUCGAUGCUGCCGUAAUGGCCAAAGAGCGUGAAGAUCUACGUGCUCGACUUCAGGAAUUACGGGAUCAGCUAGAGGAGAAUGAGGAGAACUGGAAGAUCCAGGUGGAAGCCAAGAGCAACCAGCAUACUUUGGAGCUCAAAGAGGUCUCAGAGAAGCUUCAAAAGGCUGAGUUGAGGACCAGCGUGUUGGAUAAGUCCCAUGAAGAGCAUGAAAAGGCCACCCAACUUCUCAAAGAGCAGCUGGAGCUGGCUGAGAAGAAGAUGGUAGAUUAUGAGGCCCUGCAGAAGGCUGAAGCUCAGAGCCGAGCAGAGAUCCUCUCACUGCAAGAGAAGCUGAGAGUCAGUGAGAACCGACUGCAAGCUGUAGAGGCAGAUCACACCACCCAGGAUGUUAAUAUGAUCGAAAAUAACGACAACUCUGAAGAGAAGAUGAAACUAAAACAGAAUAUGGAAGAAACUCUGGAGAAACUCACAAAAAGGGAAAAAGAAGUAUCCACUCUAACAACCCAAGUAGAUGCCCUAAAGACCCAAAUAACUGCCUUGGAGGAAAAGGUUCGUUUGAGAGAGAAGGUGGCAGAUGGACUCGUUGAGGAAAAGACGUGCUUGGAGGUGGAGCUGGAGUCCAUGACCAAAAAAUCCCAUGAUGCAUCAGGCCAGCUUGUGAUUAUUAGCCAGGAGCUUCUGAAGAAAGAGAGGAGCCUGAAUGAGCUUCGGGUGUUACUGCUGGAAUCUCCGCGUCACUCUGCAGGAGUGGAUCGGGACCUUGGCCGUGAAGUCCACAGAGCCGAGUGGAGGGUGAAAGAACAGAAACUACAGGACGACAUCAAAACUCUGCGAGAGAAACUGUUGCUGCUGGGACGGGAGAGGUCAUCUCCAGACCACCGUCGAUACUCGAUGAUGGACCCAUCUGCUUCAGACACAGAGGUGGCCCGUCUGCGUCAAAGGCUGCUGAACACAGAAGAUGCCCUGAGGAACGCUCUGGAACACAACCAACACGUGGACCAGCUAGUGCAGGCCAUGCGCACCCGACCAGACAAGAACCAGGCACAUGCUAGUGCUAAUUCUGCAAAUGGAAUCCAUCAAGAAGACACUUCCUUCACACAAGAGGAAGAACACUGAUGAGGGCUAAAACGGUUCUCAGAUGUUUAGGGAAGAAUGGAGGUGCAUUGGGAAAGAAGAAGCCAAUUUGAUGCCUAGACCUUUGGACUAAUGCUUCACUGGACAUCUUAUUUUCUGUUUACAGUUAACACCAAAACAAUGACUUUAUAGAUGAACAAACCGAAACCACGAAUCGAAGAAUAUCUAAAAUGAUCCGAGAUGCUAUACAAAGACAUAACGGAAGUGGUUUUUAAGGUCAGUGGUACAACACGGACAAACUGACACACCGACCCUGUCGACUACCUCCGAGAUGGACAAUAUUGUCCGAUUUAACAAAUGAGAGAAUGUCGGUCAGGAUACUUGAAUCCUCGGAAAAUCCAAUGCCCUGCUAUACUCUCAGUUGGCUGUAACCGUUUGCAGUUUAGGAAACAUUUUUGGCCUCAAUUUAUACCGUUUAACUUAUUUGCCAUCUAUGCUUUUUAAAAAUGGUAUAUUCGAAGAGAUAAACUGGCCAACUUCAGGCAUAAGGUUUGAAGUUCUGGUCACUGUAGCAAACAAGUAAAUAAACCAGACAGGCUCCCUUAUUCCA